GGGAUUUCAGAUCACUUCCGCUUCAUACAACGAAUAGCAGUAGAGGGGGUGAGCACCAUGUCCACGAAAACAGGCGGGGUUAGAGUUGGGAAAAGUCUGAGAUACUAUCUACUCCAGCGUAGCUCCAGAAAGAGUUUGCAAUUAAAUGAGACUGAGACGCGAUGGUCUAGAGCGAUGGGAAUCACUUGCGGAGACCGCGGAGUAGCUGCAGCUGCGAGGCCCGGCCAGGCUGUCCUGUGACUGCGGGAGGGAAGCUGAAACUUUUGUGCCUGACUGCUUCAUCCGACACUGCUGGCCAUCGAGUGGACGAGGGGAUGAAAUUACUCUUCGCUUUUUCUACCGGUUUCGGAAACGCACUUGGAGAGACAUUUAGGCGUGGAAGGGCAUAGCAGUCGCAACUCACUGAUGUUCGAUAUGAGACAAUAAUACACUCAGGACUGAAUUCACUCCAACCUAAAGGCUUUGGAUAUUGUACGACGUCGAAGUGCAAACCAGCUUUUGUUCCUCUGUGCUUGCAUCUGUUACAAGGACAUUUUUAGUGUUUCAAAUUGAAGACAAAUAUGACGUCUCCGGCGAAAUUCCGAAAAGACAAGGAGAUUAUAGCCGAAUAUGAAACUCAAGUAAAAGAGAUCCGUGCCCAGCUGGCAGAACAGCUCAAAUGUCUGGACCAGCAGUGUGAGCUGCGCGUGCAGCUUCUGCAGGACCUGCAGGACUUCUUCCGCAAGAAGGCCGAGAUCGAGAUGGACUACUCACGGAACCUGGAGAAGCUGGCCGAGAGGUUCCUGGCCAAAACACGCAGUGCCAAGGACCAUCAGUUCAAGAAGGAGCAGAACGUGCUUUCUCCAGUGAACUGCUGGAACCUGCUCCUGGCCCAGGUCAAGCGCGAGAGCCGAGAUCACGCCACCCUCAGCGACCUCUACCUCAACAACAUCAUCCCGCGCUUCGCCCAGAUCAGCGAGGACUCCGGCCGCCUCUUCAAGAAGAGUAAGGAAGUGGGACUUCAGAUGCAGGAGGACUUGAUGAAGGUCCUCAACGAACUGUAUGCGGUGAUGAAGACAUAUCACGUGUACAACGCAGACAGCAUUAACGCGGAGAGCAAGCUGAAGGAGGCCGAGAAGCAGGAGGAGAAACAGAUGGGGCGGAGUGCCCGUCAGGAGGAUCGGCAGACACCACGCUCCCCCGACUCCCUCGCCACCGUGCGCCUCGACGACAAGCCUGUCCGCCGCAGCUCCGUGAAGAAAAUCGAGAAGAUGAAGGAGAAGCGCCAAGCCAAAUACACCGAGAACAAGCUGAAAGCCGUCAAGGCGCGGAACGAGUACCUGCUCGCCUUGGAGGCCACCAACUGCUGCGUGUUCAAGUACUACAUACAUGACCUCUCCGACCUUAUCGACUGCUGUGACCUAGGUUACCAUGCCAGCCUGAACCGAGCACUGCGUACCUACCUGUCAGCCGAGUUCAACGUGGAGACGUCGAAGCACGGCGGCUUGGAAACCAUCGAGAACGCGGCAGAGAACCUGGAGGCCAAUGCAGACAAGCAGAGGCUCAUGGAGACCUACAACAACAUCUUCUGCCCACCCAUGCGGUUUGACUUCCAGUCUCAUAUGGGGGACCAGGUGGGGCACAUGUGUGGUCAGCAGUCAUUGCAGGCAGAGCUUCUACAGAGAUGCCAGCAGCUUCAGUCACGCCUCUCCACACUCAGGAUCGAGAACGAGGAGGUGAAGAAGACCAUGGAAGCUACUCUGCAGACCAUCCAGGACAUGGUGAACAUCGAGGACUUUGACGUGACAGACUGCUUCCACCACAGUAACUCCAUGGAGUCCGUGAAGUCCACCGUGUCCGAGUCGUUCAUGAGCAAGCCGAGCCUGGCCAAAAGGCGGGCCAACCAGCAGGAGACAGAGCAGUUCUACUUCACGAAACUGAAGGAGUUUCUGGAGGGUAGGAACCUCAUUACCAAACUUCAGGCCAAGCAUGACUUGAUCCAGAAGACCCUGGGAGAGAGUCAGAAGCCUGACUAUUGUCUUGCCAGCGGUCGGAGGAACUCAACUAUACGGAAACAGGACCCAAGUCAAGUUAUUCCACUGAUGGUGGAGAGUUGCAUUCAGUUCAUCAGCCGCCAUGGCCUCCACCAUGAGGGAAUCUUCAGGGUGUCUGGCUCCCAGGUUGAGGUCAAUGACAUUAAGAAUGCCUUUGAGAGGGGCGAGGACCCUCUAGCCGGAGACCAAAACGAUCAUGAUAUGGACUCCAUCGCCGGGGUGCUCAAACUCUACUUCCGAGGCCUGGAGAAUGCCCUCUUCCCAAAGGAGGUCUUCCAUGACCUAAUGUCAUGCGUCUCCAUGGAGAGCCUUCAGGACAGAUCCGCCCACAUCCGCAAGGUCCUCCUGUCUCUUCCCAGCAGCACCCUGGUCGUCAUGAGAUACCUGUUUGCUUUCCUCAACCAUCUGUCCCAGUACAGCGAGGACAAUAUGAUGGACCCCUAUAAUCUGGCUAUCUGCUUUGGGCCCACGCUCAUGUCAGUGCCUGAGGGCCACGACCAAGUCUCCUGCCAGGCCCAUGUCAAUGAGCUGAUCAAGACCAUCAUCAUCCACCACGAGAGCAUCUUCCCUGGUCCCCGUGACCUUGAGGGCCCCAUCUACGAGCAUGGAGGAGUCACAGAAGACUACUGUGAUAGCCCACACAACGAGCCCCCCCUAGUGGAUGAACCAGCACCUGACACUGUGUCGGAGAUCCAGAACAGUGAUGAUGGCUCCUUAAACGUUUCAGAGUCGGACCCCAUCGAGGCUGUCGCGCGCUUCGACUACUCGGGCCGCACCAGCCGCGAGCUGUCCUUCAAGAAGGGCGCAUCCCUGCUACUCUUCCACCGCGCCUCCGACGACUGGUGGGAGGGCCGGCACAACGGCGCCCACGGCCUUGUGCCUCACCAGUACAUCGUGCUCCAGGACACGGCGGAUGGUUAUACAGGCCGGGGUAGUCCCAAAGCUGACUUUGAGGCAUCCCAUGAGGCUGUAGAGGAGAAAGUGUCCACUAGGGGCAGCGCGAGCUCCCCCACAGGAGGCCAUGUAGCUGAUAUCUACUUGGCGAACCUCAACAAGAUGAAGAAGCGUCCGGAGGCAAGCGGCAUCCGCAGGUCGUUCCGGUCGGUGGAGGGUCCAGCCGAGGGUUCGGCCGGGGCGGCAUCGGGCGCGCGGGCCACUCCCGUGCCCGCUGUGGGCCUUCCCAAGGAGGGCUCGGACAAGCGACCCGUCAGCACGCACGGUGUCCUGAACUCCAUCACCCGCCACUCCUCCCUCAAGGCCAAGGUAGAGAGCCCCCAGCUUCGCAAGGCCGCCCCCGCCGGACGCUCCAAGAGCUUCAGCAACCACCGGCCCCUGAUGGAUGCCGAGGUCAUAGCCCAGGUGGAGCGCAGCUCCCAGGACAUCGAGGUCACCAUGGGCAUGGCCCUUAGCGAGCUGCAGGGCCUGAGGCGGCCAAGCAGCGUGAAGCGCGCCCCCGACGUGGUGCUGGACACCCUGGAGCAGCUGAAGGGCGGGGGCGGAGGCGGCUCCUCCGAGCCCUCCAGCCCCUUGCGCUCGCGCCUGCUCCGCGAUACCGAGCCGCCCAACCAGCACGCCCUCCACCGCACCCCCGGCUCGGCCAGCGACGUGCCUUCCACCUUCCGCCCCUGCAAGGGCCCCGCCCCGACCAAGAGCCCCCUGCCGCCGCCGGCCGCCGGCUCCUCCACCUCCGCACCUGCCCCCUCCACUUCCAGCUUCCGUGAGAACCGGCCACCGGCCACCCGGCCCAAGCCCGUGGUCUUCCCCAAGGGCGGUUCAGCCGGGGGCAGCCCGGCCACUGGCUCCCCCACCGCAGGCAUCCCCCCCACCCCACCACCCCCUCCACCACCCACUGACAAGUCGUGUCCGGCUUGAGCGCCCAGAACCGGGCUCGCCUCGGGUCGUUCUCCACUGCCUGGUUUGCUCGGUGGAGGAAUGCAUUUCUGAACUAAUUUUACUAGGCUGAUUAGAUACGGAGGACAGGAAUCCUGGCAGACUCUCUCAGAUAUACAGUACUCGAGUGUGUGGGUGUGAGAGCGCGCUUGUGUGGUCUGCAUUCAUAUGCCAAGAAACCCGGACUGAUUUUUCAGUAUUGCUGCGACCCAAGAAUUCCGGCUGGGAUGCAGACAUUUUUAAUCUUGGUUUGAUGAUUUUCCCUUAGAAGGGGCUGAUUUUUUAAUUUUUUAAUGGGGAUCACAUUGCUUUGGAGAAAUAAUAGCUGUGAAUAACAAAUCUCUCUCUCUCUCUCUCUCUCUCUCUUUCUCUCUCUCUCUCUUUUUUUUCUGCUCAAAGACUCUCUCUCCCUUCCUGGAGCUGGACACAUUUGGUGAAUUCCUAGCCUGACUCUCUCCAAUAUGUACCCUGUGGUAUGGCUGCAGGGUGGAUAGAAAUUCCCGUUUUACCUGUUGAAUAUUUAUAUGCAGCUUCUUGGUGUACCGACUGUGAGCCGCUACCAUUAGCAUGCAGGAUCCCGUCUCGUCCCUUGACAACGUCGUCCCCGUAAAUGCUCUUAACUGGGGGCGAGGCCCAAAGUGCCCCCUGUACUGCCCCCCAAGACGCGGGUGUCUGCAGGAAGGUCUGCAUGGCAGCUUGCUCUCCCCAUUUUGUCUUGAACGAAAAUCUACACACCAUUAUGCUAACCCGGACAGCAGUGCUACUCAGCAGGUGUUCUUCUACACUUCCCAAGUUAGUCCAGGUUGCUCCCAACUGACCGUCGCAUUUGUCCACAAGCUGCGACCACAGUACGCGGCUGGUAAUACCUGCAAAUGAUCCUAACACCAAAGUGUGUUUCAUGCCCUCGUUUAUCCACAGAGUGGUGAUGUCAUUUGCACAUUAUAAUCAUGGGGAGGCAAUCUUGGAAGUCAUCUGUGCGUAGUACUGCUGCCUUUGCUAUGUACUUAAUAGGAAAUCCUGUAUAACCAACGUCUCCCGCGUGCUGCCCGCCAGAAAGCAAUGCUGACUCACACACUUCUCUUCUGAAAAUAGAUUCACAAGCACUUUUUAAUAGACUACCAGCUUUUCAAAAAAUGAAAUAAUUCAGUGAUAACAUUUUUUUUCUGUGUACAAGAAAAAAAAAAUCAUGAUUAUAACUGGAACGAAAUUGAAAAUUGUUGAAAUGAAGAAUGUCUUGUAAAUUUGUUAAACCAUUUGAUUCAUUGUUUUUUUUUAAUGUAGAUUGAAGCACAAAAUUAUUUUCUUCUGGCUUGCUAGAUUUUAUUAAGAAUUCUCAUAGGCAGUUGUUUUGGCCUUGAGUGUGUAUCAUGAUAAUUGUGUAUAUGUUUGUAUGUAUGUUUGUAUGUAUGUAUAGUUUUAACAGCCUAAAGGAGGCGGUUACAUCAAGCUUUAUAAUUCAGACAUGUAGAACUUAAGUCUUCUUAGCAGAUUUCACUAAGAAUGAUGCGUGCAAAACAGAAGUUGUCAUUUUUCCUCCCUUUGAUGGAGCUUUGAUUCUUUUCUGUGCACUGGGACAGACAAGAGGACCUGAAAGGGAGCAGGCGCCACUGAGCUCUGAUUCCAGCCAGCAGGUUUAUCCGAUGUCUCAGAAUAGGUGUUCUGGGAUUGGUUUUCGCCCAUGUCAUCAUCCUAAUGAAUAUAUAUCACAGAAUAACAUCCUAGACCAGUGUGGGAAGCUCUUGUGCAUGGAAGUUGGAUGAUUGGGGGGGUGUUCAGGUUGCGGUCUGCUACAAACCUUAAAUCUCCUCUUCGUGUUCUACAGCAAGACUCCAUUGUCUUCCAUGCUGGCCUCCACACGACUCUGCUGUUUUAACACACUGGCGAUUCACAGCAGAGUGCUAAGCUCCUGCUACUCCAACAUACGAUGAGUCAAAAUCCUGCUCGUCUCCACAUCAUCUGCGUGAGCGUCUGGCCUCCUAUGUCUCGUCUUCUUACAGCAUCCAACAAAAUUAGAGGAGGAUGUGCUUUUUCCAGAGGGGCUUUAACUGGCGUUGGUGUGAUUCAGCAGUAUAACUGGGAUGGUGAGGUCAGAGAAAACUGCACGGCUAUGGGGGUGAUGUGGUGAACCAGACACGGGCGUGUGUGUUGAGAUCAGAGCAAGAGAAAUGAGUGAAGCUGCUUCCAUAUUUUCUCAGAGAAACAGAAGCUUGUUAUUGGAAGGCCCACAGGCAUGGCUCGUGGGAAUGACCACAGGGAAACCCUUUAGUGAAAUCCAACUCAAAAAGCCGGGGGGUGUAUCGUAACACAUUUUUCAAUUUCUGUUUUUUAAUCUUUUUGAGGAAAAUUUCUGACAUUACUUUUCAUGGACUCUUCAGUGUGUUGUGCUGCAGUUCUGAAACGUCUUAACAGGUGGUUACAUGUAUUUCUGUGAGCUAUGAUUGGAAACAUUCUCUUUUAUGUUGUUCCUAAUACCUCAUAAGGCAACUGGACAGUGAGUUGUGUUUGGAGGUGGAAAGAAAGACAUUGACAUGCUAAAUGUCAGUAACUCAUGGAAGCUGCAUGGUGGUGUUCAGGUUUAAUAUGUAAUGUUCUUACUAUGCUGUUGGCCGAAGCCUCAGUUUACAUUUAAUCUUUUUUUUUGUUUGUUUUCUAUCUACAAUUUUAAAAUCAAUCAUUAUUACGCACUUGAAUCUGGGUUGGAUCUUUGUGAACAGAUUGAGUGAGGACUUACUUUUUUAAAUCAUAAAUAUUGUUAAAUAUGUAUUUCCUGUCCAUUUGAAACAAAACAAGACUGUAAAAUGAAUUGUCUUGUCAAAUAUAUUUAUAGUUGUCCACUUAAGUAUCUGUUAUCAGAGGAACCUGUGUUAAGAUGUGCUUUGUAUAUACAAUGGUGUACAUUACAGAGGUACAUUCUUCACUGUCUUUUCUUUUUUUUGGGGGGGGGGGUACAAGAUUGUACAGUAAUAGCAAUAGUAGUUUACUCUCAAAUACACCUUAUAUAAUUCUAUGUGUAGUUCUUGUAGUAAACAUUUUUUAAUAAACCGCUUGCUAUGCCUGUC